AUGUCAGAAUCUAACGAGAUUUCUACGUCUUCUGCCGGAAAUAAGAAAGCAUCAAAAAACUCGGAAUGUCCAGAAUGUAAAAGUCCCUGGACUGGUUUUAGAUGGUGUACAACUGAACGCUCUAGAGGUGGAUUUGGGAGUGUCUAUAAGGCUACUUGGGUGGGCGGACCAAUUACGGAGUGGAAUGUGAAAUCAAAAUCGUGGAUAAAGUCUCCUACGAAUAAAUAUGUAGUAGCAUUGAAGUCUCUGGAUAAUUCGGAAGAUAUUACAGCAGAUUUUCUUGAUGAGAUAAAAAAUAUGUUAGAUUGUUCAGUGAGUCAACUUUUCAUUCGUUGCUUUGGCAUCACGAAACACAAAAAGACAGGAAAUUAUAUGAUGAUAAUGGACUAUGGAUAUGGUGGAAGUUUGCGCAAAUAUCUGAAGACAAGCUUCGUUUUUUUCGAUUGGUGGAAAAAGUUGGUCAUGGUUAGAGAUAUUGUUCAGGGACUUUUUGAUAAUUCAAGCUCGCCUGAAAUUUUUAAGCAAUUUAGAGAUGCUGAUAAAAUAGAGAAAGAAUUAAAAUAUAGAGAAUCGAAAAAAGAUUUGGUUUCGAAUGCAUCUGCUGUCUAUAAGAGUAGAUUACUUGAUUUUAAAGAAAUUUUAGACGAUGCAGAUACAAACAAUAUCGAAAUUAGGUCUCGUGGAAUCCCCGAGUUGACGAGUAGUUCUUCCCGUGAUACCACCUACGAUUCACAUCAGUUAAAUCUUGCUAUUCCUGAUG